GACCAACAACCGCACUGUGAUGGGUAUGAGGAUUAAUCGCGAGGUGGAUUUUGGCUAUGCCCACAAACGCAUUGAAGCUGAUCGCCAGGUGCGCGACCGCUUUUACACCAUGCACAAUGAGGUCGAUAUCCCUGUCUUCAUUAUGAUUAGCGCAUUUGACAGACGUUGUUGUGUGUACCGAUACACCCGUGGUGUUACUCGCCAACUCAGUGUCACAACUCCUGCGCUAGUGCUGAGCGGGCCUCGAUGGAGCAAUGGGACAUCGACUUGAGCGCUCU